AUAUGGUUUGAGUAUAUAUUUAUUUAAAGUUUAAAAUGGAUGCACGUAGACGAGAACGUGAAGAAAUCGGUUUAGUUGGUGUAAGUCGUGUUUGGGGUAAAUCACCAACAAGAAUAGAAGACUCUGAUGAUGAAGACGAGAUAGCUGUCAAAAAACACGAUCAUUCACCUGAGCGACGUAAGAAACAUAAAAAAGACAAAAAGAAAAAAAGCAAAAAAUUAAAAAAAGAAAAAAAAGCGAAAAAGGAAAAAAAGAAGAGCAAAAAAAGAAAACGUAAAUAUUCAGAGAGUAGUUCAAGUAGUUCAGUAUCGUCUGGUGAAGAGAAUGGUAAAGUACAGUGGGUGGAAAAAGGUAGUGAGCAGCCUAAAAGUAAAAAGAGACGAGGGUCUAGUUCUGAUGACAGCGGUGACGAGAGUAUUGUUGGACCGAUACAAAAACAGCAUGUGACUUUGUCAGCUAAAGACUUUGGUAAAGCUUUGCUACCUGGUGAAGGUGCUGCAAUGGCUGCUUAUAUUGCUGAGGGCAAACGUAUUCCACGUCGUGGUGAAAUAGGUCUUACAUCUGAUGAAAUCGCUUCUUAUGAAUCUGUUGGAUACGUCAUGAGUGGUAGCAGACAUCGGCGAAUGGAAGCUGUCCGAAUACGAAAAGAAAACCAGAUCUAUUCAGCGGACGAAAAACGUGCGCUGGCGAUGUUCAGUAAAGAGGAACGUCAGAAACGUGAGAAUCUCAUCCUAGGACAAUUUAGGGAAAUGGUCAGCCAGAAGCUGGCACAAGAACAAAAUAAAUAG